AAUAGAUGCCGGGGCAAUGUCCCGCCGCAAACAGGGCAACCCGCAGCACUUGUCCCAGAGGGAGCUCAUCACCCCAGAGCCUGAGCAUGUGGAGGCCACCAUCCUCGAGGAAGAUGAGGGUCUGGAGAUAGAGGAGCCCAGCAGCCUGGGGCUGAUGGUGGGGGGCCCCGACCCUGACCUGCUCACCUGUGGACAGUGUCAGAUGAACUUCCCCCUGGGGGACAUCCUGGUUUUUAUAGAGCACAAGAAGAAGCAGUGUGGCGGCAGCCUGGGUGGCUGUUAUGACAAAGGCCUGGACAAGGGCAGCCCGCCGCCCUCCUCACGCUCUGAGCUCAGGAAAGUGUCCGAGCCGGUGGAGAUCGGGAUCCAGGUCACCCCCGACGAAGAUGACCACCUGCUCUCACCCACGAAAGGCAUCUGCCCCAAGCAGGAGAACAUUGCAGGGCCGUGCAGGCCUGCCCAGCUGCCAGCGAUGGCCCCCAUAGCUGCUUCCUCCUCCCACCCUCACACAUCUGUGAUUACUUCACCUCUGCGGGCCCUGGGCGCUCUCCCGCCCUGCUUCCCCCUGCCGUGCUGCAGCGCGCGCCCUGUCUCGGGUGACGGGACUCAGGGUGAGGGUCAGACGGAGGCUCCCUUUGGAUGCCAGUGUCAGUUGUCAGGUAAAGAUGAGCCUUCCAGCUACAUUUGCACAACAUGCAAGCAGCCCUUCAACAGCGCGUGGUUCCUGCUGCAGCACGCGCAGAACACGCACGGCUUCCGCAUCUACCUGGAGCCCGGGCCGGCCAGCAGCUCGCUCACGCCGCGGCUCACCAUCCCGCCGCCGCUCGGGCCCGAGGCCGUGGCCCAGUCCCCGCUCAUGAAUUUCCUGGGCGACAGCAACCCCUUCAACCUGCUGCGCAUGACGGGCCCCAUCCUGCGGGACCACCCGGGCUUCGGCGAGGGCCGACUGCCCGGCACGCCGCCGCUCUUCAGCCCGCCGCCGCGCCACCACCUGGACCCGCACCGCCUCAGCGCCGAGGAGAUGGGGCUCGUCGCCCAGCACCCCAGUGCCUUCGACCGAGUCAUGCGCCUGAACCCCAUGGCCAUCGACUCGCCCGCCAUGGACUUCUCGCGGCGGCUCCGCGAGCUGGCGGGCAACAGCUCCACGCCGCCGCCCGUGUCCCCGGGCCGCGGCAACCCUAUGCACCGGCUCCUGAACCCCUUCCAGCCCAGCCCCAAGUCCCCGUUCCUGAGCACUCCACCGCUGCCGCCCAUGCCCCCCGGCGGCACGCCACCGCCCCAGCCGCCGGCCAAGAGCAAGUCGUGCGAGUUCUGCGGCAAGACCUUCAAGUUCCAGAGCAAUCUCAUCGUGCACCGGCGCAGCCACACGGGCGAGAAGCCCUACAAGUGCCAGCUGUGCGACCACGCGUGCUCGCAGGCGAGCAAGCUCAAGCGCCACAUGAAGACGCACAUGCACAAGGCCGGCUCGCUGGCCGGCCGCUCCGACGACGGGCUCUCGGCCGCCAGCUCCCCGGAGCCCGGCACCAGCGAGCUGGCCGGCGAGGGCCUCAAGGCGGCCGACGGCGACUUCCGCCACCACGAGAGCGACCCGUCGCUGGGCCACGAGCCUGAGGAGGAGGACGAGGAGGAGGAGGACGAGGAGGAGGAGCUGCUGCUGGAGAACGAGAGCCGGCCCGAGUCGAGCUUCAGCAUGGACUCGGAGCUGAGCCGUAACCGGGAGAACGGCGGCGGUGGCGGUGGUGGCGGCGUGGCCGGGGUGCCGGGCGCGGGCGGCGGCGUGGGCGGCGCGGCCAAGGCGCUGGCCGACGAGAAGGCGCUGGUGCUGGGCAAGGUCAUGGAGAACGUGGGCCUGGGCGCGCUGCCGCCCUAUGGCGAGCUGCUGGCCGACAAGCAGAAGCGCGGCGCCUUCCUGAAGCGCUCGGCGGGCGGCGGGGACCCGGGUGACGACGACGACGCGGGCGGCUGCGGCGAUGCGGGCCCGGGCGGCGCGGUCAACGGGCGUGGCGGCGGCUUUGCUCCGGGCGCCGAGCCCUUCCCGGGCCUCUUCCCGCGCAAGCCGGCGCCGCUGCCCAGCCCCGGGCUCAACAGCGCGGCCAAGCGCAUCAAGGUGGAGAAGGACCUGGAGCUGCCGCCCGCCGCGCUCAUCCCGUCGGAGAACGUGUACUCGCAGUGGCUGGUGGGCUACGCGGCGUCGCGGCACUUCAUGAAGGACCCCUUCCUGGGCUUCACGGACGCGCGCCAGUCGCCCUUCGCCACGUCGUCCGAGCACUCGUCCGAGAACGGCAGCCUGCGCUUCUCCACGCCUCCCGGGGACCUGCUGGACGGCGGGCUGUCGGGCCGCAGCGGCACGGCCAGCGGGGGAAGCACGCCGCACCUGGGCGGCCCGGGCCCCGGGAGGCCGAGCUCCAAGGAGGGCCGGCGCAGCGACACGUGCGAGUACUGCGGCAAGGUGUUCAAGAACUGCAGCAACCUGACGGUGCACCGGCGGAGCCACACCGGCGAGCGGCCUUACAAGUGCGAGCUGUGCAACUACGCGUGCGCUCAGAGCAGCAAGCUCACGCGCCACAUGAAGACGCACGGGCAGAUCGGCAAGGAGGUGUACCGCUGCGACAUCUGCCAGAUGCCCUUCAGCGUCUACAGCACCCUGGAGAAACACAUGAAAAAGUGGCACGGCGAGCACUUGCUGACUAACGACGUCAAAAUCGAGCAGGCCGAGAGGAGCUAAGCGCGCGCGGCCCCCGCGCACCUGUACAGUAGCCCCGUCGCCAAGCGAGAGAAUGCUGACCUGACACUUGCCUCCGUGUCGCCGUCGCCGCUCGGUACCCCCUGCGAGCCCCUGGGGCCCCAGGGGAGGCGGCCCUCCAACCUAACCUGUGUCUGCGAAGUCCUAUGGAAACCCGAGGG